AUGGAGAGUAGAGGUACCCCUGCUACCCUCCAUAUUGUAAACAGUGCACAAGUUGAACUAACUAAAGCAGCUCUUGAUUUUGUUGGUUACCAUACCACGUGUUACAAAAAAAUAACUGCUUUACGAAAGUAUUCAGAACAUGCCAAUACUUCAACAGCUGAUGAAGGCACAGGAUGUCUAGAUUCUAGUAUCCAUUCUAGUAAAGUGGUAAAUGAGGGUGAAGAAAAUAGUACUGAUGUCACAUCGCACACUCCUACGGAUUUGGAUGAGGAAGCGUCAACAUCAACAGCAUCGUCGUCUAAUAAAAGUAUAUGCUUAUUUUGCGAUAGCGUAAGAAAAAAUGUCGGGAAGAAAAAACAAAAUCUUACAUUUCCUUACAGUGACCAAGUUACUCAAAAAAUAAAACAAAUAGCUAGAAAAACUGAUGAUUCAAAAAUCUUGUCAAAACUUGAAAACCAAGCUAUUGCUUAUCAUCAGUCUUGCUACGUAUUUUAUUUGACCAAAGAAAAACGGUCCACUCAGGAACCAAACGAUUCAAUCAACCAGAAAUAUCGUAAUAUACACAAAUUGGCUUUUGAAUCGCUAAAAACUUUUAUUGUAGAAGAGGUUAUUGACAAUAACAAAGUUAUGUAUUUCGCUCAACUCUUUCGAAGAUACCAGUCUUUGUUAUUGGAGUUUGGAGAUUGUGAAAUAGAUUUUGAUUUUAUCAAAGAUUAUCGACCUGAAAUGUUGCAGAAAAAAAUAGAAAAAAUCUUUGGUGAUCCCGUUACUAUUGAAGCAUCUACUGGGCCACGUCAUCAAAAAAUAAUCUACAAAACAGACAUUGACAUCUCUAUUAUGGCAAAUAAUACCAAAUUUUUGGAAAGCAAAGAAGAGCAUAAAUUUGAAGAUGUUGCAUACGAUUUGAGAAGUUGUAUUAAGAACAUUGAUUCUCACCCUCUUCCUAGACGUUUAACUGUUGAUGACAUCAUACGAGAAGAAUGCGAAAUUCCUCAGGAGUUAUUUAAUUUUAUACGAAAUCUCCUAAUUUUUUUCCUUCUAUUAAAUAGUAAAACGGCGUGCCAUAGUUAUUAUAGCAACGGUUACCAUAGUAAUGGUAACCAUAGUAACGGUAACCAUGGUAACGGUAACCAUGGCAACGGUUGUGGGGGAGGGUAG